AUGACGUCUCGCGCGAAUCUCAUCGCCCGCGCCGUCAUUAGCCAAUUCGAGAAGCUGCCGUCUAAGCGGAAGCCCUGUGUUCGAGACAAUGGCCUCCACGAAUGGGUGCCCCUGAGCGGCAUUGUCGCUGAGAGAGAUGGAAAUUUGACUUGUCUGGCAUUGGCAACGGGCAUGAAAUGCCUCCCCGCAUCGAAGCUUGUCGAGGCAAAGGGUGUGGCUAUUCACGACUGGCAUGCUGAAGUUUUGGCCAUUCGGACGCUCAAUCGUUAUCUACUGGAUGAGUGUCAGAGCAUCGUCGAUAGCAACCAUAAUGGCUCUGAAGCAUUUCUCCAAAGGAGCCAAGACAGAAAUGAAGAGUAUACAACGCCCUUCCGAGUAAGGGAUGAUGUAAAACUUCACAUGUAUUGCUCCGAAGCUCCUUGUGGAGAUGCCAGCAUGGAACUCAUCAUGGCCGCUCAAGAAGACGACUCUCCGUGGCAGCUCCCUUCCUCUACAUCAGCUGAUACACAACCCAUCCCCCCGGAAGCCGAAACGGCACUUCCAGGGCGAGCCUACUUCUCUCAGCUAGGCAUCGUGCGUCGCAAGCCUGCUCGCGGAGACGCUCCGCCGACGCUGUCGAAAUCGUGCUCCGACAAGAUUGCCUUGAAGCAAUGCACCUCGCUGCUCUCGUCAUUGACGUCGCUGCUGGUCAAUCCAGCCAACGCUUACAUCGACACGCUUGUCCUACCAGAGUCCCAGUACUCUGCCGUCGCGUGUGAGCGAGCCUUUUCCGGCACGGGUCGAAUGAAAUCCCUUGUGGGCAAGCAAUGGAGUGAGGGAUAUGCUUUCAGACCAUUCAAAGUUGAGGCUACGACGGUGGAAUUCGAGUUUUCAAAAAGGGUCGUUCAGGCUCGCUCGAGCAUCAUCUCGGCAAGCAAUCUCGCGGCUACGUGGUCGGCUUCUGGGUUUGAGGAGACGAUUUUGGGAGGUGUGCUUCAGGGGAGGAAGCAAUUCGAUGUGAGGGGCGCUAGCAAAACGUCCAGAAGGCAGAUGUGGAUUACGGCAAAACAACUGUCUGAUAAGCUGUCUGCUACUGAUGCCGGGGAGCAUUCGGGACUUCAAGAGCACUUCUCGUCAGCGGGCAGUUACCAGGACGUCAAAGAUGGGCCACUAUUAGCGGAGCGGAGGCAUGUCAAAUCUCAAGUGCGGCAGCUUUCCCUCAAAGGGUGGGUUCAAAACCAAGGAGACUCGGGCUUUGGGAUAUAGAUGAGCUUUUUGGAGGGACUCGGGACUUGAGGUGCAGGGGGACUACUGGCUUUGCUUUCCUGAGGAUAUGCGGCUCUUGGGCAACGAAUUCUGCCGGCGGGAGUGCCAACGAGAGCCAUGACGGGGGCACAUGAGAUUGAGACUUUUUGAUAGCUUCCGGUUUUCUCUCUUGUGGAUGCAGUUCAUGUAUUUUUGUACAAACCCGCCCCUUUAUCUCUUGGUCGCAUCCGUCACCACGCUCUUUGACGUCCGCCGCAUGUCUUUUGCCCGCGCCGGGCAAGUCUUUCAUCAAAUGAGCACCAAGCCGACGGGUAUAAAGCGUUCAAGUAAUCGUUACAAAAAAAAAACCAGAAAAUCAUUGGCAAACUUGCAGAAAUAUCUGCGGAAAGGGGCGGUUUUAAGAGAGUGUACAUUAUUAUUCCUCUCUCUCAUCCCAAAGCGCAGUCUCUCAGCUCGUUUAAAACCAAGUUCUUGUCGUCUCGCAAGCUCAGAAGCGUGUCGACAAAAACAAAGAAAGACCAGGCGUGCCCACCAGCCAAAAAAAAAAAAAAAGAAUCCUUUCAGCUCUUUUUUGUAUCCAUUUACAAAAUACAUGCCCUUGUUUUUUUCUCUUUUUUCUCUUCUCUUUCUUUUUCAAGAUUCAGUCAAGAACCUUACUCGACCUUGCUCUCAAAGUUCUCGCCCUCAACCAGGUCGGGGAUAUCGUCGUCAUCCUCGCCCUUCUCACCAGCCUUCUGCAUGUUCUGGUAGCUCUCGGCCAGCUUGCGGAGGGAGGCCAGGGAGUCGGGGCCAAGCUGGUUCAGGAUGCCGGGAACAAGCUCGGUGAGCUCCUUAUCCUCACCGUUGCCGUAGAUGGCGAAGGUGUUGCUCUGAACGGCGGCGUGGACUGUGAGAGGCAUGUUAUGUUAGUGUGUGGUCUCAGGACGCCUUGUGUCGGAUUAUUGUCGCAUAACGGAGAAGAAAAAGCCUACCCUUGGGAGCGGCAAAGUGGAUGACGUUGCCGUCGGACUUGAACAUGUUGACCUCCUCGAUGGCCUGGAUGGGCUGAGUGUUG